CCACAGAACGUUGCCACAGAAUAGUAAUUGUUUACUAUCGCUGCAAGUUGCAACAUCUUGAAUUUUUGUGUUGUUCUAAAGAUCUGCAUGUAGAUUUUCUGUUUAUUGCUCAUAAGAAAAUAAUGUGAAUGAAUAUAUACAAAUUAUCUAGCGGAUACAAAGUGUUAAACAAUGAAUGAAACAACCAACUUUUUUACUGAUUAUCAAGGAGUUCAACAACUUAGGGAUUUACCUAUUGAUAACCUUUCAGUAGCAGAGUGCGAGUAUGAAAGGUUAAAAUACUUUUUUAAGUAUGCUCAUAAUGUGGAGACUGCAGAAGGUUUAAUUUAUCUCAAUUAUUUGCAUAGUGAAGUAAAAAAGCAAAUAGCAUUCAGAAUAGGAGAUGAAAUUCCUAUUGACAGUGUUAUUUGUAAUAUUUUAACACGCAUUGUGAAGUUAUACAGCAAAAGAAGUGAAAUUGUUCAGCAAGUAUUUGUACGAUUAUCACAAAACCAUUUGAAAAAAAUUGAAAAGGCUUUAGAAAAUUUAAUUGAGAAAUUGCCAAAAAACUAUUAUGAACAUGUUUCAAAACCAGUAAUCAGAAAGAUUGAAUAUGAUCCCCAGGAAGGAUUUAAAUCUUUGGAUCCAGUAUUUUAUAUUCCCCUUAAGGAACAAUUUCCUGAACUUGACAAAACCUUAGAACAAUCUAGGAGAGAAAAUUUUUCUUUUCUCUAUGUUAAACCAAGGGAACAAAAUUCAAAAUCAUCCUCGGGUGGAGAUCCCGCAUAUCCUUUGGAAACAAUGUUUGAAUGCUAUAAAGAUUUAAUACCAAGUUACAACUACCAGGACUUUAAGGCCAUUAUCCACACAGAGCUGAAUUCAGGUAGGUAAAUAUUCUGAUUGAUG